AUGCCUCACUUCGAGUCUCCUGUCCAUGAGGACAGCAUGCUAGAACCUAUCGCCAUCGUCGGCAUGGCAUGUCGGCUUCCCGGUGCAGUCGACUCAGCGCACUCGCUAUGGGAAGUACUGAAGGAAAAGCGGUCGAUGCAAACUCCAAAGGUGCCUGCAUCGAGAUUCAACAUCGACGCGUACCUCCAUGAAAGAUUAGAUCGACCGGGAUCUUUCAAUGUAUCCGGUGGAUAUUUCUUGAAUGGAAAUGCCGAGGAUUUUGAUCCGUCAUUUUUCAAUAUGACCCCCAUCGAAGCAAUGUGGUUGGAUCCGCAGCAGCGCAAAAUGCUGGAAGUUACUUAUGAAUGUCUUGAGUCAGCAGGCUGUACGCUUGAAGACGUCAAAGGCUCCAACACUGCUGUUUUUGUAGGCAGCUUCACCAGUGACUACCAACAAAUGAGUACCAAAGAUGGCGACUUUCGGCACAACUAUGCUGCUACUGGUGUUGAUCCAGGCUUGAUCAGUGCUCGGAUAGGAAAUACCUUUGAUCUCAACGGGCCCUCUUUCACUAUCAACACAGCAUGUUCAUCUUCCAUAUAUGCUAUCCAUAAUGCAUGCCACGCCCUUCGCACUCGUGAUGCUAGCGCGGCCAUUGCUGGAGGCGUCAACCUUAUUUUGACUGUUGACCAACACAUGAACACGGCGAAACUUGGCAUCCUGUCUCCAACAUCAACUUGUCACACCUUUGACGCUUCUGCAGAUGGUUAUGGCCGUGCCGAAGGUGCUGGUGCAUUGUAUCUGAAACGACUUUCUGAUGCAAUUCGUGAUGGUGAUCCAGUGCGCGGUGUUAUCCGUUCUUCAGCUGUUAACACAAAUGGCAAGGUAGCUGGAAUGGGAAUCACACACCCCAGCAAGGCCGGCCAAGAACGUGUCGUGCGACAAGCCUAUGCCCGUUCUGGGCUGGAUCCUUUGCGUACGGCGUAUGUUGAGUGCCAUGGAACUGGUACUCCAGUAGGCGAUCCUAUUGAGGCCCAUGCUAUUGGGCGUGCAAUGAAUGAUGUCCGUCCUUCCGAUAAGCCAUUGCUAAUCGGCGCAAUAAAAGCCAAUAUUGGACACAGCGAGGCUGCAAGUGGGAUCUUUGCGGUGAUGAAAGCUGCCCUGAUGACUGAAGAAGGAGUAAUUCCCGGUGUAGCAGGGCUGCAGAACCUCAAUCCAGCAAUUCUUGAGGAGGAAUGGAACAUCAAGGUGAAUGCAGAGACAACCCCGUGGCCAGCGGGCUUCUCGGAAAGACGAGUGGGUGUCUCUUCCUUUGGUUAUGGUGGUACAAAUGGCCAUGUAAUUGUCGAGGCUGUCGACGCUUUGCAUCCGCUAUAUAGCCAUGGGCGCAAGCGCAGGGACGAUCCGCAAAAAGCGACGCGACCCUUUCUCCUGCCGUUUUCUGCACAUGAUAGGCCCACACUCGAGCGUAACGUCGCUGCACACGCGAAAGUCGCUCCCGAAUAUCACUUGGCAGACCUUGCUUAUACACUAGGGGUCCGCCGGUCAAAAUUUGCGACUCGUGGUUUCACCGUCGCUACUGAGCCUCUAUGUCCCGAGGAUCUUGCUAUCUCUGCGUUCACGAUUGGCUCUGCACCUCGCAGCCAGAAAGACGUCGCAUUUAUCUUCACCGGUCAGGGAGCUCAGUGGUCCGGCCUCGGUGCCAAGGCAAUGCAGACUUUCCCUGAAUUCCGGUCUACCAUCGAUGCAUUGGACACUAUCCUACAACGUCUGGAUGCAGCUAUCCGCCCAACUUGGAGCCUCAAGUCUGUACUGAUGGCCUCUGCUGAUGCACCCAAUAUCAACGAUGCCAAUGUAGCCCAACCCGUUUGUACUGCUGUCCAGAUAGCUAUUAUCGACCUAUUUGCCACAUGGGGAAUAACCCCUACAGCUACUGUCGGACAUUCGUCUGGUGAGAUUGCCGCUGCCUAUGCUGCUGGGUUACUAGCUGCACCCGAAGCCAUGGUCGCCGCCUUCCUCCGAGGAUAUGCUGUCAGCCAUAAUGCACCUGCGGGAUCUAUGUUAGCCGUCGGUUUGGGACUCGUUGGCUUUGAGAAAUACGCGGGCUUACUUAGUGAUAACCUCGUUAUUGCCUGCCAGAACUCUCCUGAGAGUUUGACAUUGAGUGGAACCCAGGAAGCUGUAGCAGAUGCUAAGAGUGUCUUGUCGAAGGACGGCAUAUUUGCUCGUGAACUUCCAACUGGAAAAGCAUACCAUUCGCCCCAGAUGAAUGACGUUGCCACCAUAUACGACACUUUACUCAUUCAAGCAGUGCAAGGCCUAAGUGGCCAAAGUCUCAAAUGGCGACGCCCACGCGCGAGGUGGUUCUCUUCAGUGACUGGUACCGAGUACAUUGGGCAAAUUGUUCCUGCAUCAUACUGGAGCGCCAACCUUCGGAACCGCGUGCUCUUUGACGAAGCCGUUGCUUGCUUGGCGGCUGCACCAGGCUUAGAGCAAGUUGCAAUUGCAAUCGAGAUUGGUCCCCAUUCAGCUCUUGCUGGCCCUUUCAAGCAGAUUUGCAGAGCAAACAACCUCGAUCGAUUUACUUACAUAGCCACUUUAGUACGCGAGAAAGAUAGUGCAGUCCAAUUGCUGAAGACCGCCGGUGCACUAUUCAUUCAAGAUUAUCCGGUUGACCUUGAGGAGGUCAACUCAGUCCCCGCAACCACUGGCAACAUGAAGAACAAAACAAAGCCCCUCCUCCUUGUUGACCUUCCUCCGUACCAAUGGAAUUACGAAAAAAGGUUCUGGACAGAGCCUCGUCUCAGUCAUGAACAGCGAAAUCUGACAUCACCGCGUCAUGAUCUACUUGGCAGCAAAAUUGUUGGUUUGUCGAAGCGCUCACUUGCCUGGAGAAAUGUUCUGCGACACGUAGAUCUGCCGUGGCUCAAGGACCACACCCUCGGGCGAGAAGUUGUUUUCCCAGCUGCCGCGCAUUUGUCCAUGUCGGCGGAGGCUCUUCGGCAGGUGUGCGACCAAGAAGGAAUCGAGAUUCAUAGUGUGACCUUCCGCGAUGUACAACUUAUGACAGCUUUGAUAAUCCCCGAUAUUGACGACGGUAUCGAGGUGCAGCUUCGUCUCAACAAAAUGGACGAAGACGGACUCUGGUACACGUUUACCGUCGAGUCCUUCGUGGAAGGGGAGUGGAGCCUCCAUUCGACGGGUUCUAUCGCGGCCAAUUACGUCGAAGCGGCCCAACAUGAACAUCCCGUUGACCAAAUGAAGCUAACGCAGCGCGUACCUGGCAAGACAUGGUAUAACGCUUUCGACAGGGUUGGCUUCGAGUAUGGAUCGUCCUUUCAACCCCUGAGCAACAUCCGAACCAACGGUAAAUAUCAUCAUGCGGCUGCCGAUGUCAAGGUGGACACUGAGAGCGGACUCGUCGUCGGCGAGUCACGGUAUUUGCUGCAUCCAUCAACGAUUGACGGCUGUCUUCAGCUGAUUAUCAUUUCCAUCAAUUCAGGCAUGCACGCAGAGAUGGCUCAUGGCGUGGUUCCAAUCAAGAUCGAGGAGCUUACAGUGUGGCAUGCGAAGGAGGCAAAUAAAACGACUGGAAAAUCCGUUGCAUGGACCGACCGGCUAGACGGUCGCUACUUCAACACGCAUACAAAAUUGUUUUCGGGGAGCGGAGACAUGUUGUUGGACGUCAAGAACCUUCUUUGUGUCUCGUAUGAAGCAGCUGUUCCACAGACAAGUACACCAGAACGCCCACGCGAGCCAUACAUGAAGGCCAUAUAUAAACCAGAUAUCGCCACCCUGACUACCCAGCAAGCACUUCAAGCAUAUCCCUCCAUUCAAUCAGAGGAAGAUUCUAUUGCUGCAAUCGUGGAGCUGCUUCAUUACAAGAAGCCUAUUUCUAGUGCUCUUUUGCUUGGCCAGCCCGAUUCAAAUACCCUACGGGCAGUUUUGAAACAAGUCCCUUCCUCCACAAAAUUGAUUCUCGCAGGCUUGUCAGAAGAGAAUAUAACAGAUCUCACUACGGGUAUUGAUAUUUCCAACAUUUCUACCAUAACGUCCACGGAAGGCUUGUUUGGGUACGGCGAGCAAACACCCGAUCCUCAGGACCUCGUCAUAGUAGGAAAAGACGCGUGGAGUCAUGCUACUAAACAGCAACUUCUGGACGAAGUUGCCGCCCUUACUGUAAAAGGUGGUAAGGUCAUCUUUUCCGUUCACAGUCAGGUUGGAGAAGAUAUUGCUGGUACCAUCUCUCACCAUGGAUUCUCUGCCCCUGAGCUUCUAUUUCCGCUCCCAGAAGUGACGAUUAUGUCCACUACCCAAGUUCAAAAUGAGUCAGAUGGAGCUACACCCUCACAACAGAGUGUAAUAAUGCUGAUCUCGGACGAGACUGAGAAGUCAUCAUAUUCCGCUUUCGCGGCCGUGCUCCAAGAUCGUGGCUGCAACGUCGAAUUCGGUCAUUUGGGCGAGAAUGCCCUUGUGAGAAAAGACGCAGAGGCUACAUAUAUAAUAUAUGAUGUCAUGGGUAGCCUGCUUUCAUCACUCACAGAGGAUAUUUUCGGAAAAUUGAAGACAGUCUUGACUGGAAGUAAUCCCGUUAUCUGGUUAACCACAGGUGUAAACGAGGGAUCAUGCGUUUCCGGUGGUAUGAGCCAAGGUCUUCUGCGAGCUAUUCGAUCCGAGCAUGCUUCAGCAAGGAUAUUGCUAUUGGACGCCAAUAUAACAGAAGAUUUCACGUCAAUCGGAGAUGCAGUCUUUGGCCAGCUGGGACACAUAGCUACAAAAGAUUCAGGUGCCGAUACCGAAUAUUGGCUCCAGAACGGUAUCCUCACGAUUCCUCGUGUGGUACCGAAUGAAUCAUUAAACACGCACUUCACUGCUAACACCGCCGCACCACAGUUGGGCACCCUGACUUCUGACAAAGCAUUGUCUGGUAAAGUGGGGAAUGGGGAACUUGUUUUCAAAUCAAAGCAGUCGAGCGACCUGGCCGAAUUUGAUGUCAAAGUCCAGAUUAAUUACGCCACUGUCAGGAAAGCUGACCUCCAUGGCCCCACCAGCGAUAUCUCUAUUGUCGCGGGACCCAUUAGUGCCGUUGGCGGGAAACUUGACAAAACCUUCAUUGGUCAAAAUGCUGUCGCGUAUGCUGAGAGUCCAUUUGGCACUGAAUUAACGGCUUCGGUAACAGUGGGAGCUUUCUAUUCGGAUUUUGAAGAAACUGCGCUGCUCGCAACACUUCCAAAUCUCGCAGAGGCCAUUCAUUCCGUGCUAGAUGUCGGAAAGAUCCAAGCCAACGAUCGUGUUGUACUGCUCCCUGCGCCGCAUGAAUUUGUGAUUGCCGUAGCUGAACUCAAACAAGUUCUGGGAUUCCAGCUCACUGUCAUCGUGGGGUCGGAGGUGGAGAAGGAGAACCUCAUGCGCCAAACAACUCUAACCUCUAGUGAGUUGUUGCUCAGCCUGGGUGCUAAGCCUUCUCAAUUACUGGAGAAUAUCGAUCUAGUCAUUUGCCAUGAUUUCUCACGUUUGGGUCAGGAAGUCUGGCGAGCCAUGCCGGCCGCUAGUCGCUUCGUUCUUCACAACGCUGUGGUUGAAGGGAGUCUAGAUGGGUUGCCCUUUUCGAAAGGCGUCUCAUUUUUCUUGAGUGGCGUUCGUAAUCUGUACAAAACUCGUCCACACGUCUUAGGCGAUCUCCUCACUCGGACUAUGAGCUUCAUGAAAGAACACAAUAUUAUUCGGAAGCCUAACGUCUAUGAUAUUGAUUCACUAAAAGACUUGACCCAAGUUCUUGGUCAAGGGAGCAUGGAAAAUGCUGUGCUCAAGUACGAUUAUGGUCAUAGUUCUGUAAAGAUUCAGCCAUUGGGAGACAUGAUCGAGUUCUUGCCCGAUGUUGCAUACUUCCUUGUUGGUUGCCUUGGCGGUUUAGGGCGUAGCCUCACCACAUUUAUGUUGGAACGUGGGGCCCGAGAUUUUGUCUUUCUCUCACGUUCUGGUGCUGAUAAGCCGGAAGCUGCUGCUCUCGUCGAGUCGAUCCAGAAGGCCGGGGCCAAGGUGCAGGUUUUCCGCGGUGAUGCUGGAAUUCAGGCAGAUGUUGACCGUGCCGUCAGUGAAGUGACUGCAACUCGCCAUAUUAGGGGUGUGAUACACGCUGCUAUGGUUUUGCAGGACGGAAUGUUUGAAAACAUGACCUUCAGUCAAUUCCAAGUAGCACUCAAGCCCAAGGUUAAUAGUGCAGUGACUCUUCACAAGGCCUUUGAGAACGUACCACUCGACUUUUUCGUUAUGACAAGUUCCAUUUCGGCAACCAUGGGCAAUCCAGGCCAAGCCAACUACUGCGCCGGUAACAGCUACCUUGAUUCUCUUGCUUGGUACCGCAACCUUCGUGGCCUGCCCGCUACCUCACUCAUCCUGCCCAUGGUCCUUGAUGUCGGUGUCGUCGCUGAAAACUCCGAGAUCGAGGAAGCCCUCUCUCAAAAGGCUAUGUACGGUAUUGAUGAGCGUGAACUCCUACGUGGGUUUGAAACUGCUAUGCUACAGCGACCUAAAGAUGCGUCUUCAUCCGUUGGCAAUGCUCAGAUCAUCCUAGGUCUCGAGCCCAGCUAUCUUGCGAAAGCAAUUGCCGCUGUUGGAGACCCCGACGACGCAUACUGGUACCAGGACGCUCGUUUCGCGCAUCUUCGUGUUGCUGUGGAGGACAUACGACGUUUCGCCGGUAACAACUCCGAACGAGCGGGUUCCUUUGUUCAGGAGCUUGAGACAGUUCGAGCCCUUGGUAAUGUUGCUGUGCUCCACGCAAUCUCCGGUCAUAUUGUUAAAAAGCUGUCCAAUAUGCUGCUCAUUCCUGUUGAAGAAUUUGCCUUUGAGGGUAAUUCGAUUUCGGUAUACGGUAUCGACAGUAUGAUUGGUGCGGAUCUGAGAAAUUGGCUGUAUAAACUCUUUGGCCUGGAGAUCACAUUCCAGCACUUGCUCGCGCCCAGCAUGACCAUUUUGGCACUGGCAAGUGCAGUGGCGGAGAAUUUGGGGUUUCUGGAAAAGACUGAGGCCUGA